CUGGCAGAAUGCAAAGCGUCUGUCGGAAGUCUCUUCAGGGGCUCGAUUAUUUCGUGGCAGAUGGUGUGCGUGCAUUUGAAGAUCUUGACAAUUUAGUUUGCCAACUAGGUGAUCUUGGUCUGGGGAAUGAGUGGCAAGUGCAGCAAGUCGAGCUGCUAAAAGCAGCCAAAUCAUACAUUAAAGGAGACUUCAAGGUUCAUGUGAGCAACUCAUCUCUGGUAGCAAGUCACUGCAGUGUUUUUGCCCUCAGCGACACUACCAAUCCUGACCUACAACAGCAGUGCGACCACAGCCAUGACCAGAUGCGUGAACAGAGCGAAAGUCUACACUCGACUCUGCACAGCAUCACAGAGGCAGUUAAAGAGGCAUCUUUUGUAACAGAGGAUGACAGAAAUGAAGCUGGGUACCUUGCAAACUCCGCCACCCUUUCUAUCAAGUCAUGGAUAUGUCACUUGCUGAGAUCAGUCCACCAAGAUCAGGCUCGCUUGGAUAUCAUUGACACUCUCGAUCCUGAGGCAGUUUUAAUCGUGAAUGACUGGGUGAUGAAAUUUUUGCCUCAAAGAUACAGAGAGUCACAAACGGAAUGGUUUGGUAAGCGUGGCUUAUCAUGGCACAUGUCUGUUGUGUACCGACAGAAAGAGGGAGAACUUCAGUGGCAAGGCUUCAUCCAUAUAAUCCAGUCCUGCAGCCAGGGAAGUUCCGCUGUGGCAGCAAUCAUGCACCAUGUACUUACAACCCUAAAGCGCGAACACCCUGAAGAAAACAAAGCCUACUUCUGUCAUGACAAUGCGGGCUGCUACCACUCCUCUCGCACAUUACUAGCGUGCCGCGAGAUGCCAGCCAGCACUGGAGUACAAGUUGUCCGCAUUGACUUUAGCGAUCCUCAAGGUGGGAAAGGGGCUGUAGAUCAGUUGGCUGCAACCUGUAAAGGACACGUCAGGGCUUUUAUCAAUGAAGGCCACGAUGUUUGUACUGCUACGGACCUGAGGAACGCGUUGCUAUCAUAUGGGGGAUUGGGAGGAGUGCAAGUGGUCUCACUUAACACUAUCAACAAAACACCAGAUGAUUCGCGAAGUAUCUCAGGGAUCACUAAGCUUAAUAAUUUUCAGAGUCAAUUACCUGUUGGCGCGCAUAUUCCAUUGGCCGUGGAAAAACAAUUAAACCGGAAAAGCCAUCAUCUGGUAAGUAUCCACAUUGUAUUUUAGAACUUCCCCAACACAUAGACACAG